AUGGAAGCACAAAGCCAACCACAGAAUACUGCCUCUGUUACUGAAACACGUGUGAUCACCAUCUGUGAGAGUGAAUUGCUGGAAACAGGUCGUCUCAAGAAACACUGUGUUGCUGACACACUGGGAACAGGUGAUCUCCAGCAACACAAAGAUCGUGGUGGUCCUUCAAAGCGAUCACAGUGUGGAAAGUGUGGGGCAACAUUUAUUAAAUCAGGUGCCAUGAAAAGGCACAUGCUUUGUCACAGUGAAGUCAAGCUUCAUCAGUGUGAUGAAUGUGGGAAAGGAUUUACUCAAUCAUGCAGCCUGAAGGCACACAUGUGCAUUCACAGUGAAAUCAAGCCUGAUCAGUGCACUGUGUGUGAAAAAACAUUUACACUAUCAGAUGCCCUGCAGAGACACAUGCGAAUUCACACUGGAAUCAAGCCUUAUCAGUGUGUUGAAUGUGGGAAGAGAUUUACACAGUCAGGUAACCUGCAGUCACACAUGAGGGUUCACAGUGGAAUCAAGCCGUAUCAGUGUGUUGAAUGUGGGAAAGGAUUUAAACAUUCACAUCAGCUGCAGUCUCAUAUGAGGAUUCACAGUGGAAUCAAGCCGUAUCAGUGUGUUGAAUGUGGGAAAGGAUUUACACAAUCAUGUAACCUGCAGACCCACAUGAGGGUUCACAGUGGAAUCAAGCCUUAUCAGUGCAUUGUGUGUGAAAAAACAUUUACACUAUCAGAUGCCCUGCAGAGACACAUGCGAAUUCACACUGGAAUCAAGCCGUAUCAGUGUGUUGAAUGUGGGAAACGAUUUACACAUUCAGGUAGCCUGCAGUCACACAUGAGGGUUCACAGUGGAAUCAAGCCGUAUCAGUGUGUUGAAUGUGGGAAAGGAUUUACACAGGCAGGUAGCCUGAAGUCACACAUGAGGAUUCACAGUGGAAUCAAGCCGUAUCAGUGUGCUGAAUGUGGGAAAGGAUUUACACAGGCAGGUAACCUGCAGAGACACAUGAGGGUUCACAGUGGAAUCAAGCCGUAUCGGUUGAUCGAAUUGUCUGGAUUUGAACACGAUAACACGAAGUUGAUAAUGGAAGCACAAAGCCAACCACAGAAUACUGGCUCUGUUACUGAAACACGUGUGAUCACCGUCUGUGAGAGUGAAUUGCUGGAAACAGGUCGUCUCAAGAAACACUGUGUUGCUGACACGCUGGAAACAGAUGAUCUCCAGCAACACAAAGAUCGUGGUGGUCCUUCAAAGCGAUCACAGUGUGGAAAGUGUGGGGCAACAUUUAUUAAAUCAGGUGCCAUGGAAAGGCACAUGCUUUGUCACAGUGAAGUCAAGCUUCAUCGGUGUGAUGAAUGUGGGAAAGGAUUUACUCAAUCAUGCAGCCUGAAGGCACACAUGUGGAUUCACAGUGGACUCAAGCCGUAUCAGUGUGUUGAAUGUGGGAAAACAUUUACACGAUCGGGUGCUUUGCAGACACACAUGAGGAUUCACAGUGGAAUCAAGCCUUUUGAGUGCAGUGUAUGUAAGAAAACAUUUACAUUAUCAAAAACUCUGCAGAAACACAUGCGGAUUCACACUGGGAUGAAGCCCUAUCAGUGUGGUGAAUGUGGGAAAACAUUUACACGAUCAAGUACUUUGCAGAGACACAUGAUGAUUCACAGUGGAAUCAAGCCUUUUGAGUGCAGUGUAUGUGAGAAAACAUUUACAUUAUCAGAUACUCUGCAGAAACACACGAGGAUUCACACUGGAAUCAAGCCCUAUCAGUGUGGUGAAUGUGGGAAAACAUUUACACAAUCAUACAGCCUGAAGUCACACAUGAGUAGUCACAGUGAAAUCAAGCCUUAUCAGUGCAAUGUGUGUGAAAAAACAUAUUCGCUGUCAAAUUCUCUGCAGAAACACAUGCGAAUUCACACUGGAAUCAAACCUUAUCAGUGCAAUGUAUGUGAGAAAACAUUUACAUUAUCAAAAACUCUGCAGAAACACAUGAGGAUUCACAGUGGAAUCAAACCUUAUCAGUGCAAUGUAUGUGAGAAAACAUUUAAACUAUCAGAUGCCCUGCAGAGACACAUGCGAGUUCACACUGGAAUCAAGCCUUAUCAGUGUGUUGAAUGUGGGAAAGAAUUUACAGAGUCAGAAUGUGGGAAAGGAUUUACACAAUCAUUUAACCUGCAGUCACACAUGAGGAUUCACAGUGGAAUCAAGCUGUAUCAGUGUGUUGAAUGUGGGAAAGGAUUUGAACAAUCAUGUAACCUUCAGAAACACAUGAGGAUUCACAGUGGAAUCAAGCCCUAUCAGUGUGUUGAAUGUGGGAAAGGAUUUACACAAUCAUCUAACCUGCAGUCACACAUGAGGAUUCACAGUGGAAUCAAGCCGUAUCAGUGUGUUGAAUGUGGGAAAGGAUUUACACAAUCAUCUAACCUGCAGUCACACAUGAGGAUUCACAGUGGAAUCAAGCCGUAUCAGUGUGUUGAAUGUGGGAAAGGAUUUACACAAUCAUCUAACCUGCAGAGACACAUGAGGGUUCACAGUGGAAUCGGUUGA